AUGGAUGAACCGGAAAAAUUCGAUCUGAAGUCAUUGAAAGUAUCCUUCACUAAAGUAUCACCGUCAUUGGGUACGUUGUCAUUUUCUUUGGAUGCAAUAAGUAACGCCCAGUUGGCAGUGUCUCUUUUGAAUAUCGUUUAUCCGGAAGCGUUUCGCGAUGACUCCGUCGAGUAUUUUGAUCUCAACUAUGAUUUGUGCGAUAAUAAACGACUCUUGAUGGAGGCUGCUUUCGUACAAAACUUCAUCUCAGUAAAGGAAGGCGUGGUGCCGUCUGUCGAAAUGGAUGAUAGCAUUCUCCAUAUGUUCGCUUUGGUACCGUUCAAAGACGAUAAGAUGAUACUAUUACAGGACGGUUUAUGCUAUGAUGUGACGUAUUAUUUCAGAAGACACGUUUGGUCCUAUGAAGAUGGAUCAUCCAUUCGACUCGCUAAAUUCGCACAUUUACUCGAGAAUGUUGCCUUCAAAAUGACAGAUGGAUGCCUAUUUGCUGUCGUUGCUGAUCAAAAACUUCGACUCGCCAGACAACUCAGCGAACUUCAGGAUCAGUACACAAAGGAAUAUGGCAAAUACGAAAACGACAAAUCUAUGUCAGUUGAUGAUUGGGCAAAUAUGAGCUCUUUGAUGGCGGAUAUUAACGAAGCAGAAGCGUUCGAGUUGAGUGUCGAAGGGGAUAAUUCACCAAAGAAGGCAUCAUCGCUAUCAGCAAAUAUAAGCUCAGUCUCGAUUGAUGAACGUCAUGAAUUGUUCAAGAAAAUCGAACAAGUCGAACGAAACCUGUGGCUUGAACAAGAAAGAUUCGAGUAUGCGUUGAUUCCGGGAAGUGAUGUGAAAGAGGCACGAAAGAAAUUCUAUGAAUCUGUCGAUUCUGAGUCCAUUGCAACGACGUUCACUCUGGUUCAAGCGUCCACAUUAGAUUAUAAUAACGUGCCGGAAGGCAAGAAAACGCCGAAGAAAAAACUUCCAAAGAGUGCUUCGCGAAUGCCACGGAGUACAAAGAAACAGUUCGCGAAAACGCCACUGCAAGAACGAACAAAUGAAAACAUCGAACGGUUCCUUGUUAAAAGCAACGCUUCAUCAUCGACGAAGCAAGCAUCAGAACGCAAGACAGCAAAACGACGUAGUGAUCCAUGUCGUGCAUCAUCACUCACAGUGUCAAAUGAAUUAAGUGCAACACCAAAACGCCGGCGAUCAUAA